AUGCUCUCUAGAGCUCAGCAGCUGGAGAGAAACAUUGGCUAAGGAUGGUCAAAGCUGGGAAGGGAAAAAGCAAGGAGGGAAAAGGAUGAAGUAAAAAGAGCUACGAGCCACGCUGGAGAGCAUAAACAGCCUGCUGACCUCUGAUGCAUGAGGGAUGAAGAAAACAGACUGUGUUUGACUAUGUGGACCAUCUGGGUGAUCUUCUGGAUUUCAGCUGUCCCGACCAAAGCUGUUCCACCCAUCUGUGAUCUUCUGAGCGUCCUGAAAAGAGAGGAAGAAAAGUGUAUGGAGAUUCUUUCCCUGGAGGCAAGGAACAGAACGACAGAAAAUGAUCUACUCCUGAGCUCAGGCAGAUGUGCUGGAAUGUGGGAUAACAUGAGCUGCUGGCCUUCAUCCACUGUGGGACAGAUUGUCAAUGCUCACUGCCCUGAAUUCUUCCAGAUGCUGACUGGGAAAAAAGGUUUUGUGUACCGAAACUGUACAAGUGAGGGCUGGUCAGACCCGUACCCAAGACCUGACAUCGCUUGUGGCUACAAUGUCAACGACACAACCAACGAGGCCAGACGUUCCUAUUUCAUGACCCUGAAGACCAUGUACACCAUUGGAUACUGCACCUCCCUCGUGACUCUGAUGAUAGCAUUAGUGGUCCUGGCCUCCUUCAGAAGACUUCGCUGCACAAGGAACUACAUCCACAUGCAUCUCUUCACAUCGUUCAUUUUGCGAGCCUCCUCCAACUUCAUCAAGGAUGCUGUCUUGUUUUCCUCUGAAGACACAAAUUACUGUGGGGCAUACACGGCUGGCUGUAAGCUCACCAUGGUCUUCUUUCAGUAUUGCAUCAUGUCUAACUACAGCUGGCUCCUGGUGGAAGGGCUGUACCUCCACACUCUCCUGGUGAUUUCUUUCUUCUCGGAAAGGAAGUUCCUCUGGUGGUUCAUUGCCCUUGGAUGGGGUGCCCCAAUGGUGUUUGUGGCUGCAUGGGCAACUGCUAGGCAACUCCAUGAAAAUAUUGGGUGUUGGGACAUUAACACUGAUGCCAAUACCUGGUGGAUCAUUCGAGGCCCCAUAGUUUUGUCUAUUUUUAUUAAUUUCAUUCUCUUUGUCAACAUUUUAAGAAUCCUGGUGAGGAAGCUCAGAUCCCCUGAAAAACGGAGCAGUGAUUUCAACCAAUACAAGAGACUUGCAAAGUCAACACUCCUCCUCAUUCCUCUUUUUGGGGUCCACUAUAUCAUCUUUGCUUUUUUCCCUGAGGAUGCAAGCAGCGGCACAAUGGAAAUUCAGCUGUUUUUUGAAUUAGCUCUUGGAUCAUUCCAGGGCUUUGUUGUGGCUGUGCUUUAUUGUUUUCUUAAUGGUGAGGUUCAGCUGGAAGUUCAGAGAAAAUGGAGGCAGUGGCAUUUAAGCAAACACUGGCGUCAGCAUCUCAGCACCUCAGCGAGUAACGGAGGAAGCGGCUUGACUCAAGAGAUGCAGGUGGUGAGGUCCAGCCCACCAGAGCACAGGAGAGGAACCCUCCAAAGGUCAAGUGUGCUUUAGCCCCGUGCACCUGAGGGUGCCUCCAUGCUCAGAUACACAUGGCUGAGUCCAUGGACUGAGCUGGAGCCCUGUGUCCGCAUCCAAAGCGGGACUUGGCCGUAGAUCAGCAGUUCUUGGAGCACAUCUGUUCGUGUAUAUCCUGUGCAGCACCAUGGUUAUUUUGCAAAGCAAAAGGGGCUAAAGUAUUAUGCUCUUCCUUGAGUUUCUGGCCACGGUGAUUUGUGUUUCUUUCCACACCUGCUGCUAGUUCUACCUUAAAUGUGACCUUCCAUUUUCCAUGUGGCUCUCCAACAUGUUCCAGACUAAGUCGGGCUGGUGAUUGUUUGACGUUCUUUAUUUCUUCUGCUGCAGAAACUGGGAGGACAUUGAAUUUUAUAUGAUGAAGGUUACAUGCCGUCCUCCGUGGGUUUGAAAUGCCAAAUUAAUUAAUCCCUAGAAUUUAUCAAGGUUCAAAGCCUUUUUGUUGUGGUGAUGGAUAUGGACACUGGGAACACAAGGCACAGCUGAGCUCCAGUUCCUUCUCUGAGUGCAUAUCCAUUGCUCCAGUGACAGUGACAGGUUCAGGCAGGUUUUUGCCUUUGCUUCUUUCAACAGUGGAUACCUUGGAAACAACAGUGGUCCAAUUUGCAUAUUUCUAUCAUUUUGAAAUGGUAACAAAGCUAUUACAACAUAUUCUAAGGGUGACCAAAAUAUCUUCAGUAAGAUAGCUCAUCCCUGUUGUGUCUGCACCUCUGAGACUUGACCAGCUUGUAUUUGAAAGGAAGAAAUGAAAGCUCUUGAGACAUCAAAAGCUCAAUUGAACUGGACAGUAGAAGGUAUCUGGUGAAAAAACAAUACCAUAGCGGCUUCCAAAAAUCUCUUUAGAGUCUACAGUUCCUCAGUGUACUGAAAUCUGCAAGGCUGUGCACUGUAAUAGUUUGUCAAAAAGUAUCUGAGCUAUCACAGCUUUAUGCUCUUAAGGACAUAGUUAAGCAAAUUUCCCUGUUUUGAAUGGGAAAGGGAUAAAAUAAUUCAUCUGACAAAGGAAAUCAAAUCUCCUACUUGGUUUUGUAUCCACAUUUCCCUAGUUGGGAUGAUUUUUGGCUGGAUUUCUUCAAGGGCAAAGAUGAUUGAACCGAAAGCAAAUGGUGUUUAUCACUUCUCCCUCCUGCCGAUCACUUACAAGACAUUGGCAAAACAUGCAUGGCAUGUCAAAUGCUGCCUGAGCAGCAUUCCCCAACCCCCUCUGCCAAAACAAGCUUUUAGUCACACCAAAUGCCUAUAUGGUAGGCUUCUGCCAUUUUAUCAGGAGACAAACACGCAGAGAAGUUCAAAGGGUACAUUCAAGCUUAAAUUACCUGUACCAAAGCAGGUUUUUGAGUGCUGUUAGCUCUGUCUGAAACUCUGAGAUUCAGGAAAAAGGUCUUUUUUUUUACUGGCAGUGCUGACAGCUAUCCCACACCCUCCCUGGUGCAGCAGGUGCUGCAGGCAGCAGCACACAGAGAGCAGCCAGGAGGGGAGGAAGGGCACUCAGCAGCAGGGAGAGCUUCGUGGUUGCUCCAGCCUGCCCUGCUUGGCUUUCUUGGCUCAUGCAGGUCACCCAGCAGUAGGAGAGUUGAACCUCUUUAGGACCAGGGGGAAAAACUGUGAGAUGUAAUGCUGUAAACUGGCAAGUGUUUCAAGGUAUUACUUUAAACUUACAUUUUUGGAAGAAGCAAUAUUUCAAGAUGGUUUUGUCCUUUAAAAAUCAGCCAAAACAAGUGGAAGGAGGAACAGAAGCAGGAUCAGUCCCAUGACCAAAGGAGAAGUGAAAGUCCCUCCAUGAAGGCUGGAAUGAAAGACCUCACUUCUUGCUGACUCACCCAGGCCAAGCAGAGCCUCUGAACUUCUCGAGGGUUCACUUUGUCCCAAUGCAUUUAGCAAGUCAGAUACUUCUGAAAAAAUGUAACCUUAAUUUUCUCUCUGGCCUAUGAAUGAGACCAAGAAGGGUGAAACAACUUGUAUGCUCCCUCUCUCGAGAAUUAAACAUUCAUCCUUCAAGCCAAAGCAGAUGUUUGUUUUAAAUGCAAGUGCCUCCUUCCAGUAUAAAUGAAGAAAUACAGAUUCAGAGAUACAAUAACAUGUAAUUAAUUAGAUCUGAUGCAAUUAUUGGCUCUUACACGAGCCAAUGUAAGAGCUCACCCCUGCAGUGCAUAGUUAGGACCAGUACAAGACUGGUAGGAGCCCAGGCUAAGCACGGUACC